UCAGCUUCUUCAAUUGUAAAACAGAGAUAAUAUUAGUGUUGUUGUGAGUAUCAAACGAGAUAACAUAUCAUCACAAAGUAACAGCACUUGGCAAACCAUAACUCACUAUAUAAAUGCUAGCUAUUAUCAUUACUUUUCAUCAUUGCUGUUUGCCCAAGUAUGACACAGUCACGAGGAGCUCAAGGAAUCCUGUCAGAUGCUUGGCUGCUAACUCAGGCAAGAGAGCAUCCUUCCAUCAGCUGAGUCAACUCAAUGUCAGGGGGUCUGUCCUUAUUGCCUAUUCUAAAUAUCUUUCUCCUGCCAUGGCUAAGAGGAUCUCUUUUUAUUAACUGUUGAAUGACCUAUGAAUGUCUUGUUUUGUUCCGAAUACCCAAAAUAACCUAUGAGGAUUAAGCACAAGCACUUCAGCCUGAGUCAAGUACAGCCCAGAGCUUACGUAGUUGUGCCAGCCUGAAACAGAAUGAUCUCACCAAAGUAGGGACUGGGUUGCGCAGAGGAAGAUAAAUCCAGACUGGCCUUUGUGCUUCUAGUGGUGCAUUUGUUAUUGCUUCUAGAGAUGGUGAUUGCUUACUGUGAAGCACCCCCUACUCCUGGGAAAUUAGAGCCUAAACUUCCUGUUUAUGCAAGUGCAUUGAUGGAGGCUCAGGAGCUACAAAGGUAAACACGACGGCAGGAUGAGCCAAUCAACACCGUCUCUCGCAGGCCUGGGGAGCAGAAGUGGUGCACGUGAGCGCGGGGGCGGGGCCCUGGCCAGGGAGGAAGAGGCGGGACCACGCCGCCGCUCGCACUUCCGGUGAGCCGAGCUUGGCGCUCCGUUACCAGGUCCUUUCUUCAGUGCGUAAAGUCUGACAAGUUGAAUUGUUAGAGUUGGCCCAGGGAAAUUAUGUCAGGUCCUUCCAGAUCUUGUCCAAGGCCUUGAUGUCAGCACUGAAUCCUCAAGCAUUGGUGGCAGUAGCUCAGAAGACCCUGGGUGUGGGAAAAAGAAGGGGUCCCCCUCGAGCAGUCUGCCUACACCUAGCUGGAGAAGUCAGAGCUGUAGCCAGGGGGCUGAAGCCAGCAAUUCUGUAUGAUUGCAAUGCUGCAGAUGCUGACCAGAUUCAGAGAUAUUUGGGAGAGCUACAAAGGCUGGGCCUUUUGUUCCAGGCACUGCACAUUCUGGAGUUGGGGGGAAACAUCCUGAUUGUCAAUCCUGUGCAAGUGUGUCAGCAUAUACAGCAGGUGCUGUGCAGCCCUGUGACCUUCAUGGACAUUUCAAGCUUCAGAUCUCACCCUGCCCUCUGCCCACUUGAUGAGCUUGGAGAUUUGAAGGACCACUUGGCUGAGAUCAUGACCCAUUUACAGAGCCUGGAGGGGAAGCCCCUCUUGCCCAUCUCUCGAAGUGAGCUCUCUUCUGCUGGCUGGAAUCUUUGCACAGUAUUUGGGAUUCUCCUGGGCUAUCCUGUCCCCUAUUUUUUCCACCCAGCCCAAGGGGACAGCAAUUGUUUGGCCCUGGUCCCACUGCGUGUGUUUACUGCUCGAACUUCAUGCUGUUGGCUCACAGGCCUCCCCCAGAUUCAGCUGUAUUCUUUCAGUGUCCCAGAGAGCUUGUACCCAUCCCUGAAAGACAUACUAGACAUGUGGGGGGAGGACCUCAGGGCUCGACAUGAGGCUCAGGGUGAUUUUGUUGACCUUACCAUUUCCACUGAGGUUGUCACAUUGCCUUCAGUGGUACUGUGAUUCUGAUCUAUUUCUACCUGGUAGGCACUCAAUAAAUGAUGAUGAUUA